GCGUAGUCACUAAUUAAUUAAUUAAUAUUGCGCCGUCACGAGAUGCAUGAUUCACUCUGCUGGGAACGGGGCGGUUUGCGUGCGUCGCGGCCAUCUCCACCCGCUCCCAGACUGUCUUUUUGUCUUCAUCUCAACUUUAACGCAAUCCAAACUAUCGCCCCCUCUCUGAGCCUCCGCCACUAGCUCCAAUGCUGCCCAAUUGUCCCUCCCCCUAAUCGGACCAGGAUCAUUCCUGGGGAUAAAACUGAAAACGAAGGGAAAAAAGCAAAGAACACAAAUCAAUUCAACCUCAUUCUCCCAGACCCCGUACCCACGUUGCAUGGCCGUUGCGGAUCGGUAGCACGCGAGUGAGAGGGCCAUGGCCACCCGCGUGCCUCUAGAAAACAAUACGGCGACGACGCCUUUGUCGACCCUGGAGUCCUCGACUAUCGCCGAAAAUGCUGCCUUGAAGCAAGAGGACUCUCCCGCGCCAUCCCGGUUGACCUCCGCGGACGCAGAGACGCCCGUGGCAGGGGACGACGGCGGGCCCGCGACAACGGCUGCAGGCAGAAAACGCAAGCUGAACAGCACUUCGUCGCGGGGCGUGGCCAAUCUCAACCCGGAUCAAUUGGCGAAGAAACGAGCCAACGACCGACAGGCGCAGCGGGCGAUUCGCGAACGCACCAAAUCUCAUAUCGAUGCGCUGGAGCAGCAGGUUCGCGAUCUCUCUUCUCAGAAGCCGUUCUUGGAUCUCCAGUCGGCUUUGAGACAGAAUGAAGCCAUCCAGGCGGAGAAUAGGGAGAUCCGGCAGGGAUUGAAGGCGAUCAUGGAUCUUGUUCAGCCUUUACUUGGCAAGCAGGAAUUACCUAUUGCUGCUGCUACUGCUGCUGCUACUCUCAACAAUCCUCCUCCGAAACCCAUUCCACAUCUAUCUGUUACGUCCGAUCCCUUUGGCGAACAUAAUAAUUUCACCCCCAAUAGCCAACGAUCCGCGACGGUUGAACGAUCCUACACCGAGUCCAUUGCGAGUGUCGAGACCCCGUCCCCCACGCAUUCCGCGCCCACACUGGGCGGAGCUCGUCGCGAUAGUAGCACCACCACCAACACCAACACCAACACUAACGGCAAUUCCUCGUUCCGUCUUGCGUUUGACUCCCAGCGCCAUAAUCUAAGCCAUGGGCUGGACUUUAGUGCGGAUGAGCGGCUGGGUUUCAAAUUCUUGCUCGAUGCCUCUCAUCAAGUCCCCAAGAUGGAAGGCUUCCGUCGCAGUUCAGACAAUUUCCGACCUUCACAAUUGAAUCCUUCUUCGAUAUAUACCCCGCCCUUACACCCUCCCAUGUCUGACCAGAGCCUGCCGGCUUAUCAAACACCCAUCCGAAACGUCGGUCCCACUUGUCCUCUAGAUGCUAUCCUAUUGGACUUUCUUCACAACCGACAGCGCGAAGCUGCGCAGGGGGUGCCCAAACAGAAGUUGGUUGGGCCCCCGUAUCCCAGUGUGUCGUCGCUGCUCAAUCCCGAAAAGAGCGCCUACUCGCAUCCGGUAUCCAAAGUGUUUACGGAUAUUUUGCGCGCUUUCCCUGACAUUUCGUCACUUCCCGAGCAAGUGGCCGUGCUCUACCUCAUGUUCCUUAUCAUGCGAUGGCAGAUCUACCCCACGCCUGAGAAUUAUGACCGACUGCCCGAGUGGCUGACCCCUCGCCCCUCCCAACUAUUGACCCCACACCCAGCUUGGAUCGACUAUCUCCCUUGGCCACGCAUGCGAGAUCGCCUCGUCAUGUCCUAUCAUGACUAUCCAUUUGAGAACUGGUUUGUCCCGUUCACUCGCACUCUAUCGGUCAACUGGCCAUACGAGGCGACCGAUUGCCUGUUGGCAACCAGUGACUGUGAUGAUCUGAUUAUUAACCCCGUCUUUGAGCGACAUUUCAGCAACAUCGCCAAUUGGUCUCUAGGGCCGGCAUUUGCAGAAGCAUACCCUGCCCUCGUGGAUACUGUCAGGAUCAAGAAAGACCCUUCUUCUUGGUCUGGUUAAUCCCUUCUUUUCUUCUUUUUUUCAUUUAUCUGUAUCUAAUAUCUGGGACGCUGAGGCACUCUGGCAGGCCCGUACUGAGA